UGGGAUGUGUGUUAAAAGUUUGAUUUAUAAAGUUGUUUGUUUGAUCAUAUAUCGAUUGGUGGUCAUGUGAUUUGCAAAACUGAUGCUGUCAGCGCAUAUUUUGCUGACGCGGCGGCAUAUUUGUUUUUUACCUGCUACCAGAAAGUGGAUUAAUCAUUCACUGAAGGAUCGUCACUUCAAACUUUCUGGAACUCUUGUAAGCAGACAUAUCAGUUACAAGUAUUCAAAAAUGAAGCUCCCUUGUGAAGUUGUACGAUGUUCGUCGUUUGACGAGGGGGACUGGGAUGGAAUUUUGGUGGUGACUGACAGUCUCGCUAAACUAGAUGGCCCACUGGUGGGUCUGAGAAAAGCUCUUGAAGAUUUAAAACAGGUGGACGCCGCUGUUGGAAAGGAUGUUUGCGUUGCUGGAUUGGCAGGAAAAAUCAAACGAGUUGUGUUUGCCCCAACUGGUCCACUGAAUCGUGAUUAUGAUGACGUUAGACGGUUUAGUGAUGCUGCUGAAAAGGGGAUCAAAAGAGCAAUUAAGGCUGGUUGUAAAUCUCUAGUUGUAGUUACUACCAAUAAUGAACCAUAUCCUCAAGCUAGGAUAGUGACAGCAUUGGGUGCAUUGCAAGCUCUGUAUGUUCCUAUCGAAAUAAGAGAUGAUUGUCCAGACAGAGUGACUAAAAUGAACAAGGUUGGUCUUUGGAAUAUGGAUAAAUCACUGCUUCUAGAUGAAGCUUUAAAGGCGUUGGAAUCUGGAAGAUUGGUGUGCAGAGAUAUUGGGGGUUCUGAUCCAGAAAAAAUGGCAGCACCCAAUGUCGCUGAAUAUGUACAAAAGGUGUUUGAAAAUUCAUCUGUUUUAGUAUCUGUCAUCUCAGAUGUUAAUGAAAUCGAGAAAAGCUACCCUUGUUUGGGAGCUGUGAAUCGCUGUGCAAAAGUUAUUCCUAGACAUAAUGCCCGUGUUAUAAAAUUGCAGUAUUCUGGUGAAGGACCUAUCACUGACACUUUGUUCCUGGUUGGAAAAGGCGUAACCUAUGACACUGGCGGUGCUGAUAUUAAAGCUGGCGGAGUGAUGGCAGGCAUGCAUCGAGAUAAGUGUGGUGCUGCUGCAGUUGCAGGGUUUUUUCAAGUGUUGAACGUAAUGAAGCCGAAGCAUCUAAAAGUUAUUGGAACAAUGUCAAUGGUUCGCAACAGCGUCGGUGCCAACUGUUAUGUCUCUGAUGAAAUUAUUACAACAAGGGCAGGAGUCAGAGUUAGAGUUGGCAACACUGAUGCUGAGGGCCGUAUGGCCAUGUUGGAAUGUUUAUGCGAGGCCAAGGAGAUUGCAUUAAACGAAGUCAAUCCCCACCUCUACACUAUCGCCACACUAACUGGUCAUUCUAUCAUUGCAAUGGGGCCCAAUUAUUUUUGUGCAAUGGAUAAUGGCCCCGCAAAGAUAACUAAAAAUGUUCAGAAGCUACAAGAGUCUGGAGAAGCAUUUGGCGACCCAUGUGAGAUAUCGACUAUUCGAAGAGAUGAUUAUGAAUUCCACACUGGCAAGUCAGAAUAUGAAGAUGUUCUUCAGUGCAAUAAUCUACCAUCUACACGAACACCGAGAGGACAUCAGUCACCGAGUGCGUUCAUGAUUAUGGCUUCUGGACUAGACAAGCACGGUGUAGAUUCAGAGAAGCCGUUGAAAUAUACUCAUCUUGAUGUAGCUGGAUCAAGUGGACCAUUUCCAGGUGUUCCUACAGGAUCUCCUGUUGUGGCUUUGGCUGCACAUUACAAAGUAUUCUAAUGGAAACACAACUGACCAAGCUAAAUAUUUUAAUCAUGAUGUAAUAUGAUUCUAAUUUACGCCAAAUUUAAAAAAUCUUGAAAUUAUUCCUGUUAUCCAAAUUGUGCAAAUAUACUUGCCUGUGAAUCAAAUACUAUAUUGGUUAGCUGA